CUGGCUUUACCGGUAAGCAUUGGAUCCGUCAACGUACUGCGACUCGCCGGUGUACAGCCCGGACCUCUGCCCAAACAUGAUCGCGACGCAGGCAAAGCUGGUCUACCAGCUCAACAAAUACUACAGCGAGAGAUGCCAAACUCGAAAAGCGGCCAUUGCAAAGACUAUCCGGGAGGUGUGCAAGGUAGUGUCGGACGUCCUGAAGGAGGUCGAGGUGCAGGAACCACGGUUCAUCUCCUCUCUCAGCGAGAUAGAGGCGCGCUUCGAGGGGAUGGAGGUCAUAGCCCCCAACGAGUUCGAGGUGGUCCUCUACCUCAACCAGAUGGGAGUGUUCAACUUUGUUGAUGACGGUUCUCUGCCCGGCUGCGCUGUACUGAAGCUGAGCGACGGUCGCAAAAGAAGUAUGUCUCUCUGGGUCGAGUUCAUAACGGCCUCGGGCUACCUUUCCGCCCGGAAGAUCCGCUCAAGGUUUCAGACUCUGGUGGCGCAAGCGGUGGAUAAGUGUAGCUACCGUGACGUGGUUAAAAUGGUAGCAGAUACAAGUGAGGUAAAACUAAGGAUCCGGGAGAGAUACGUGGUUCAGAUCACCCCUGCGUUCAAGUGCACAGGGAUCUGGCCUAGGAGCGCUGCCCAGUGGCCCAUGCCCCAUAUCCCCUGGCCUGGUCCGAACCGGGUGGCCGAGGUAAAGGCCGAGGGCUUUAACCUGCUCUCCAAAGAGUGCUACUCGUUGACCGGGAAACAGAGCUCGGCUGAGAGUGACGCCUGGGUCUUGCAGUUCAGCGAGGCCGAGAAUAGGCUCCUGAUGGCGGGAUGCAGGAAAAGAUGCCUCUCGGUCCUGAAGACUCUCCGCGACCGUCAUCUCGAGCUACCCGGUCAGCCACUCCAGAGCUACCACAUGAAGACCCUGCUGCUGUAUGAGUGUGAGAAACACCCGAGAGAGACCGACUGGGACGAGUCCUGCCUCGGAGAUCGAAUCAACGGAAUUCUGCUGCAGCUCAUCUCGUGUUUGCAGUGCCGCAGAUGCCCCCAUUAUUUCUUACCAAAUUUGGACCUGUUUCAGGGGAAGCCACACUCGGCCCUUGAAGCUGCCGCAAAGCAGACGUGGAGACUGGCGAGGGAAAUCCUCACUAAUGCAAAAAGUUUGGACAAAUUAUAA